CAAAAGACAUCUUUAACUUUCAACAAUAAAAUCCAAAAAAUUAACAUCAAGAUAUUGAUACAAUACCACCGUAAUCAUGGGUAUCAAACAAUUGAUGGCUAUCAUCAAGGAUGAAGCUCCUGAUGCUGUUAAAGAAGGAGAAAUUAAAAAUCAAUUUGGUAGGAAAGUUGCUAUUGUAAGUAUUUUACUGAUAUUCUAUACUUACUUUUGCGCAAUUGUCUGACUUUUCAUUUAGGAUGCGUAUGUACCUUCAACAUCUAUCUUUAUGGGUUUCAGAAACUAAUGCCUACCAGAUCCAUGUCUAUAUAUAGUUUCCUCAUCGCCGUCCGCUCUGGUGGUGAAAUGCUCACAAACGAAGAGGGAGAGACUACCUCACAUUUAAUGGGCAUGUUCUACCGGACUCUCCGUAUUGUCGAUAAUGGUAUCAAACCAGUCUAUGUUUUCGAUGGCGCACCACCAAAACUCAAGUCCGGUGAAUUAGCAAAACGUUUCCAGCGUAAAGCAACUGCUACAGAAGGAUUAGAAGAAGCCAAGGAAACCGGUACCGCAGAAGAUAUUGAAAAAUUUUCAAGAAGAACAGUUAGGGUUACCAGAGAACAUAAUGCCGAAUGUCAGAAAUUAUUAAAGUUGAUGGGAAUCCCAUUUAUUAUUGCGCCAACCGAAGCAGAGGCACAAUGUGCUGUUUUAGCAAGAGCAGGAAAGGUUUAUGCGGCUGCGAGUGAGGACAUGGAUACAUUAUGUUUCGAUUCUCCUAUCCUUCUACGACAUCUCACUUUUAGUGAGCAACGCAAAGAACCUAUUCAAGAAGUUAUUUUGGAGAAAGUCCUUACAGGUUUAAAUAUGGAUCACAAACAAGUAAGAAACUGUGACAUCCUCUUAAUUGGCGCGAUGCUAAUACAACCCAUAGUUCGUAGAUCUCUGCAUCCUCCUCGGUUGCGAUUAUCUCGACCCUAUUCCUAAAGUUGGUCCACACACCGCCCUUAAACUUAUUCGCGAACAUGGCGAUCUGGAAACCCUCGUCGCAUGGAUCAAAGCCGACAAAAAAGAACGUUAUACCAUCCCAGAAGAUUGGCCGUACCAAGAUGCUCGCGAACUAUUCUUCAACCCUGAUGUCCGUCCUGCCGAUCACGAAGACUGUGAUUUUAAAUGGGAAGCCCCUGAUAUCGAAGGACUUGUCAAAUUCCUCGUCGUCGAAAAAGGUUUCUCCGAAGAUCGUGUUCGCAGCGCUGCUCAAAAACUUACCAAGAAUCUCAAAUCAUCACAACAAGCUAGAUUAGAGGGAUUCUUCAAACCAAUCCCAAAGACAGACGAAGAGAGAGCGAGUUUAAAACGUAAAAAUGAUGAGAAACAUGAAGCGAAGAAAAAGAAGGUUAAGGAUGAGAAGAAGGAAAAAGCAAAGGCGAAGGCAAAGCCUAGAGGUACUGCUUAGGUGGUCGGAGAAACGUGUAUCAUCUGCUAUAUUAGGGCUUGGUUCAAAGGCGUACAUGCAUUAAACGAAAGGGAAAGGGGCAAAUGGAGUUCAAACGGCGAGCAUAUUAUAUUUUUGCCUCGGGUAAAGUAACUUACUACCCGAAUGGAAUAAGAUAGUGGCAUUUGAAAAUGUAGCAAAAUCUAUUCUAUUAAUAAGAUUACAAAUAAAUAAAU